UUCUGUCUCGCUCUCUCUCGCUCAGAGAUAAUCAGUUGGCGGUCAAGUUUUUGAAAGGCCAUAAGUGUUUUUUCCCCUUCCAAAAAUGCUUAUAAAUGAGGUGUGACCAAGUUUUUAAAAGAAAAUGAGUAGCAAAAAAUUUUUUUUUUUUCAAAAGUUAAAAUAAGUAGUUUUUUUGAAAAACAUUUUAAAGAAAAAAUAUAUUUAAAAACACUUAUUUAGCCAAACACCAAUUAUUGCUCAUAAGUGUUUUUAAAUUUAAAAGUUAUUGGUCAAAUAAAUAUUAUUUCUUAUCAAAAGUACUUUUGAAAAAAAUACAUUUGAAAAUAAGUUAAUUAAUUGUAAAAGUUUUUAUCCAAAUAGGCUAUUAAUUGGCGACAACAUUUUUUCUUGCUUAAGUUUAACUAAUAUAUACUGAAAGACCGUCGAGAUUUUAAACUACCCUGUUACCCAAAAGACAGUUACAUAUAAGUAUAUAACCAAUAUCCUGGACAACUAGAACUAUUCAUGUCAUGUCAUUUCCUCACUCUUAGCUUUCUCAUAUUUGGAUAGCAAAUUCAUUUUCUUAGAGCAUAUUGAGGAUUCUUGUUAAUUAUGGCUGGAAAAUUAAGGAAAUGCAUGCUACUAUGUUGUUCAAGAAAGUCUCUCAAUCAGAGAGGGCUCAAUAUCCAGGAAAUUCAGCAUGACAUACAAAGUUGCUGACUUGCGCUCCGUGGAAGUGAGCCGACGAGGACCUCUUCAAUGGCAAGGUGAAGGGGACUGGUAAAUAAGAGGUGGACUGUAUGUUCUUAAAGGUGGUUGGACAUGAGAUACUAAUCAGUCCAGAUCAAAAACCUGCAGAUUCAUUGCAGAAGUCUCAACUUCCAGUUGCAGCUUAUGGAACCAAAAACUUGGACACCCUGUUGCUCAGGUUCUCAAGUGUUUGGAAAUUUUGAAGAAUCCUAGUGAUGUAAAUAUGUUGAAUAAAUGUACUGUGUGUCCACUAGCUAAACAGACAAAAUUGUCAUUUUCUACAAGUACUACUAGACGCUCUAUUUGUUUUGAACUUAUCCACAUGGAUUUAUGGGUCCAUAAAAAACUUCUAUUUUUGAUAACAAAUGUUAUUUCUUGAUUAUGGUAGAUGACCAUAGUAGGUACACUUGGGUGCACCUAUUGCUGUUAAAGUCUGAGGCCAUAGUGGUCAUUAAAACAUUCAUUUCCAUGAUUAGAACUCAGUUUGAAAUAGUGGUGAAAACCAUUAGAUCUGAUAAUAGAACUGAAUUUAUUAACUCUCAAUGUAAGACAUUAUUCCCGUCCCUAGGCAUUCUGCAUCAGACCAGUUGUCCUCACACUCCUCAACAGAAUAAAGUUGUGGAGAGGAAGCACAUACAUAUAUUAAACAUAGCCAGAGCACUCAAGUUUCAGUCUCACUUGCCCAUUAAGUAUUGGGGACUAUGUGUAAAGGCUACAGUAUAUCUAAUAAACAGGUUACCAUCUUCUGUUCUGAGUGGUAUGAGCCUAUUUCAGUUGAUGUUUUCCAAGGAUCCCAAGCUAUCUCAUCUCAGGGUAUUUGGUUGCUUAUGCUAUGUCACUAUCCUUCCAAGAGAUGAUAAAUUCACAGAAAGAGCCAAACCUGCAGUAUUGAUGGGAUAUUUUGAGUCUCAGAAGGGAUAUUUGAUGUUGGAUUUCACCUCAAAGGGACUAUUAGUCAGUAGAGAUAUUGUGUUUUAUGAAAAUGCAUUUCCCUCAUCUGAAGAAGAUAUCAUUAACUUCUUGAUCCCCACGGAUAAUGAAAUAUUUCCUGAGCCAGCUACUGAUAGUAUUACUGAAGAAGUUUCAAUUGAGGAGGAAAGCAUUUCUAAUGCUACAGUACCAGGUGCAGCUUCACCUGGCACCACUCAUGAAGAAACAUGUCAAGAUAAUUGUUCCAUAACUCAACCCUUUUCCAGUAGACCAAGAAGAAUAAGCAGACUACCAGUGUGGAUGCAUGAUUAUGGUGAUACUUCCAGAAACCAGAGAUGCAAACAUCCAUUAGCCAACAGUCUGUCUUACAAAAAUCUGAGUACUACUUAUCAAUGCCAUUUAACCAAAUUCUCCACUUUGACUGAGCCUCAGCACUAUAAACAAGCUAUAAAAGAUGCAAGGUGGGUGGAAGCUAUGAAGUUAGAGAUUCAGGCCUUAGAAGCUAACAACAUAUAGAUCACUGUUGAUCUACCUAAAGGAAAGAAUACUGUUGGUUCCAAAUGGAUAUACAAAAUCAAAUAUCUUGCAAAUGGUGAAGUGGAAAGGUUCAAAGCAAGAUUAGUGGCCAAAGGAUAUAGCCAACAGGAGGGCUUAGAUUAUCAUGAAACCUUCUCACCAGUGGCUAAGAUGGUUACAGUCAGAUGUGUGAUUGCAGUAGCUAUAUCUAAAGGUUGGAAUCUGCGUCAAAUAGAUGUGCAUAAUGCAUUCCUCCAAGGGGAUCUUGAGGAGGAAGUCUACAUGGAAAUUCCAGAAGGAUUUACAAGACAGGGGAAGCACAAGGUGUGUAAGUUGAUCAAAUCCUUGUAUGGUCUUAGGCAAGCCUCUAGGCCGUGGAAUCUGAAGCUCACUCAUGCUUUACUUGAUGCUGGUUUUACCCAGAGUGUGCAUGACUAUUCCCUAUUCACUUUGCAUCAAGGUAAUGAUACUAUUAUAGUGCUAGUAUAUGUUGAUGAUUUGCUAAUUACUAGGAGCAGUGCAUCAUUAAUCAAUGCCACAAAAAUCAAUUUGCAUCAACAGUUUAAAAUGAAAGACUUAGGGGAUCUCAAGUAUUUUUUUAGGCAUUGAAGUUUUAAGAUCAGCAUCAGGGAUCAUAUUGAACCAAAGAAAGUACAUUCUUGAGUUGAUUGCUGACACAGGGUUUAGUGGUUCUAAACCGGCUAUCACCCCUCUAGAAUCUAAUGUCAAGUUAACCUCAAUUGAGUAUGAUCAUGCCACAGGUGCACAAGAUGAUGAGUUGAUGUCUGACAUUUCACUUUACCAAAGACUUGUUGGCAAACUUAUGUAUGCCACUAUUACAAGGCCAGACAUUAACUUUGUUGUUCAAACUCUCAGCCAAUGCAUGCAACACCCCAAGAAAUCUCGCCGGGAAGUAGCUACUAGGGUGGUCAGAUACCUUAAAGGUUCUGUUGGUCAAGGUAUCUGGUUCAAGGCUGAGCCUGCUACUACUCUAACUUGCUGGUGUGACUCAAAUUGGGUUGUUUGCCCCAACAACAAAAGAUCAGUUACUAGUUAUGUCAUUCACUUUGGUGAAUCACUAAUAUCAUGGAUAUAAAAAAAAACAGCACACUGUUUCCAGGAGUUCUGCUGAAGCUGAGUACAGAAGUAUGGCUUCAGCGGUUGCGGAGCUUACUUGGUUGGUUGGUUUAUUUCAGGAACUCAGGGUUCAUGUCACCCUUCCUGUUUCAGUCUUCAGUGACAGUAAUUCAGCCAUUCAAUUGGCCAACAACCUUGUGUUUCAUGAGAGAACCAAACAUAUUGAGAUUGAUUGUCACUUCAGCAGGGACAAGAUUAAAGAUGGCUUGAUUAAGGCUCUAUAUGUUCAAUCAGUGAUCAACUUUCUGACCUGCUUACCAAGGGCCUGAACCUUGCUCAACAUACUCAUUUACUAAGCAAGCUUGGUGUGCUAAACAUUCUUCACCCUGCAGCUUGAGGGGAAGUGUUUUGACUACUACAUACACUGACAUAUAUACGACUAUCUAUUCCAUUGAUGUGUAAAACUGAUAGGAUAGUUAGUCAGUUAGUUAGUUAGCCUAUAGAUGAGUCAACCGUAUAGAUUGUUAGAGGUUAUUAGAUAAUGAUUAGUUAGUUACAAUGAGCGGUCAAUGAGCUGAAUACAUGAUUCACUUCUUAACUCAUUGUUAGCUCAUCUUAACUCAAGCCUAUAAAUAGACUCAUAACUGUAAAGCUUCAUGUGAGAAUAAUGAAAAUUCAGCUUCCGUUUAUCUUCUUUUUUCUCCUUGAUUGCAAGCUAUCAAGCUGCAAUCCUUCUAUUUCACAAAAUUUAAGUUUAUACAUUUUAUUUAGUCAUUAAUGAUAAGAAUAGUAUCGAAAAAAUAUAAUAAUAUUUUUUUAAUUUUAUAAAAGAAAUAAUUAAAUUAAAAUAAAUAGUUUUUUUAAAAAAAGUCAAUUAAUAUAAAACGGAGAGAUCUUUCUAUUUUAAGGUUCAUGUUUAGUCAAAUAAUUUUACGGAAAUUGAAACCAACGAGUAACACUGCAUGAUAGAAUUUGAUUGCAGGAAAUAGUUAAAAUUUAUAAAAGGUCAUAAUUGAGAUAAGAAACGAUUUUAAUUGACAACACAGAAAGUGAAACUAAUGGCCCAUUCCCAGAACCGCACUGCAAAUGGGUGAUGUUCCAUGCGUUGAAUAUUCAUCAUCUCAAUCUAAUUAAAUACAAUUUUCCCUUUCAACUCUAAAAUAAAUAAACAAUUAUCCAAAUUUCAAUCCACACACAAGAUCAAAAUUAACCAUACAUUAACCUCUCAAUUAACCAUGGUUAAAUCCCCUUUCUUUAAAUACCGUCCACAUGCGACAGAAAGAACGUGAGUUUGUUUAUUGGUGUGUGUUUUUCCUUUAUACU